ACCGUCCUGUCCCCAUUACUGGUGACCGGGCACGAUUUUUGGUUCGCCACGCCCCCGAGCGUUGUGCAAUAAAACACAAUUUCUCUGUCGCGCAUCGCAACCCCCAAAUCGGUCAAAGGGAAACGGCGCGACAUUGAUUUCCAACAACAAUGGCGCUCCUCGACCUCCACGAAGAAAUCCUUGACACCAUUGUCGCAUACAUUUCGGUGAGAGACAGAGUUGCUUUGCUCUCCGCCUGCCGAAAGUACUGUCAAUCGUUCGAGCCAACUCAUUAUUGGCAGGAUGCCCAUGGCGAGAAACCAUGUGCACUCCUUUGGGCCUCGGAAAAUGGAAAGGUUCAUACUACAAUGAAAGCCGUCGCAGCCAUCAAAGGCGCUCCCAUCCCCCGCGGGAUCGACGGUCGCAGGCCACUGUCGAUGGCGGCGAAAGCAGGCCACGAGUCGCUGCUCCUUGAGGCUGAAAGAGCAGAUCCAAACGAAAGGGAUGACCACGGCCAAACCCCUUUGUCGUUAUCCUCCUUUAUGGGACACGAAGGUGUUGUGAAGUUGCUGCUUUCGGCAAACGGAAUCAAUCCCGACCCCACCAAUAAUUAUGGCCGGUCGGCGCUCUCCCUGGCUGCUGAGGCCGGCCGAUUGGCGGUGGGGGUUGAUGUGGACUCUAAAGACGAUGACGGGCAGACGCCCUUUUGGUUUGCCAUCGGCAAGGGACACGAGGGGGUCGUCAAUCUCCUCACUGGGACAGCAAGGGUCGACGCCGGUGUGAAGGAUAACGAGGGCGAUACACCGCUCUCGUGGGCCGCCUGGAAAGGCAACCAGGCCAUGGUAAAGCUCCUUCUGGCUACAGAAGGGGUCAAUCCCAGUUCCAAGAACAAAGCUGGCCAGACUGCCCUCUCUCUCGCAGCCAUGAGGGGGAAUGAGGCGCUCCUCCUCGCCACAGAGGGUGUGGACCCGGACUCAAAGGAUAACUUCGGCUCUACACCGCUUAUUUUUGCGAUUAAGGGGGGGCAUGAGGCCGUGUGUGGACACAAUAUCCCGACUUGCGGCUGGCCCGCCCUUACUUCUAAGCUUUCUAACCCUUUCCUGAAUGCUAACCAUUGGAGAAAGUACCAGUGA